UAUAAUUCGCUUUUGUUCAUUCCCUGCGAGGCGAGGCGAGGCAUGGAGGCGCGGGGUGACCAGUUUUGUGAGGUGAUCUACGACAAGAGUAACAACAGCAGCAGCAGCCAUGAAGACAACAUUCACCACGGUGGACCUGCUGGCCGUGGUGGCAGAGCUCAGGCAGAGGGUGGUGGGCCUGCGAGUGGUCCAAAUCUAUGACGUGGACAACAAGACGUACCUCCUCAAGCUGCAGCGGCCGGACCACAAGUGUGUGCUGCUGAUGGAGUCCGGAACCCGCAUCCACACCACAGAGUAUGAGUGGCCCAAGAGUCCAGCACCGUCGGGUUUCUCCAUGAAGCUGAGGAAGCACCUACGCAACAAGAGGCUAGAGGAGGUGCGUCAACUGGGCGUGGACCGAGUGCUGGAUCUCAAGUUUGGGUCCCAGGAGGCCGAGCACCACAUCCUCGUUGAGCUGUACGAUCGCGGCAACAUUGUGCUUACCGACAGCUCCUACACCAUCCUCAACAUACUGCGGCCCCGGAAGGAAGGAGAGGAGGUGAGACUGGUGGUGCAUGAGAAGUACCCCAUAGAUCGUGCCCGCCAGGCCCGGCCCAACCCGUCCCUUGAUGAGCUGCGGCAGGCACUCGCAGCGGCCAAGGAGAACACCACCAUCAAGAAGCUCCUCAACCCCAUGCUAGACUGUGGUGGAGGAGUACUGGAACAUGAGCUGCUGGAGGCUGGCCUGGCACCCUCAACCAAAGUGACCCAGUGCCUCCGGGCCGAGAAUGACCUUGCCCAGCUACACACAGCAGCCUGCCGGGCCCAGGAGGUGGUCACUGACUGGGCCAAGAGACCGGCAUCUCAGGGUUACAUUAUCAAGAAGGUAGAGAAGAGGAGCAAAGGAGAUGGAACCUUUGAGGACGUCCCCAUCUACCAGGAGUUUAUUCCUAUGCACUUCAGGCAAUACGCUGAUAUGCCAGUGGAGAAGUUCCCGACCUUCAAUCAGGCUUGUGAUGACUUCUUUUCCAAGCUGGAGGCCGUCAAGAUAGACCAGAAGGCAGUGCAGAAGGAGAAGGAGGUGCACCGCAAGCUGGAGAACGUGAAGCGCGACCAUGAGCGCCGUCUGCAGGAACUGGUGGAGCAUCAGCGGGAGAACGAGGAGCGGGGCCGGCUGAUUGAGCUCAACAAGGACCUGGUGGACAAGGCAAUCACCGUCGUCAGGAGCACCGUCGCCAACCAGAUCGACUGGGGAGAGAUUGCCGAGCUGCUGGCAGAGGCGCAGGCCCGAGGGGACCCUGUGGCGGCUGUGAUAAGGCAGCUCAAACUUGCAACCAAUAGCAUGACACUCCUGCUGAGUGAUCCAUAUGACUGUGAGGAGGACGACUUGUUGCUGGAUUCUGACGAGGAGCGCGAGGAAGGGAAUGAGUCCACCAAGAUGCGGCCCAUGAUGGUGGAAAUUGACCUCGACCUCUCAGCCAUGGCCAACGCUCGCAGGUACUUCAACCAGAAGCGGCAGGCGGCCCAGAAGGAGCAGAAGACCAUCAGCGCCUCACACAAGGUGGUGCAGCUGACCGUGCGCAAGACCCAGCAGACACUGAAGGAGGUCGCCGCCAUCACCAACAUCAACAAGGCCAGGAAGGUGUUCUGGUUUGAAAAGUUCCUCUGGUUCAUAUCCUCGGAAAAUUAUCUAGUCCUGGCAGGCCGGGACGGUCAACAAAAUGAGCUGCUGGUGAAGCGUCACCUGCGGCCAGGCGACGUGUACGUACAUGCGGACAUGCACGGAGCAGCCAGCGUGGUGAUCAAGAACCCCAGUGGUCGCCAGGCACCACCCAAGACCCUGCAUGAGGCCGGCAUCAUGGCCCUCUGCUACAGCCGGGCGUGGGAUGAGAAGGUGGUGACGUCAGCGUGGUGGGUGUGGGGCAACCAGGUGAGCAAGACAGCGCCCUCAGGAGAGUACCUCACCACCGGCUCCUUCAUGGUGAGGGGCAAGAAGAACUUCCUGCCGCCCUCACACCUCGUCUACGGCUUUGGCUUCCUCUUCAGGCUGGAGGAUGACUCGAUCCCACGACAUGCCGGAGAGAGAAAGGUGCGCACGCAGGAGGAGGAAGCUAAAGUGGAGGACCUGAAGGAACCUGACGGCCAGAAUGAGAUCCCCCUGCUGGAAGAGGAAGAGGAUGAAGAGGGGGAAGAGUCCUCCAAAGACAAAAACAUCAAGGAAAGCCAAGAAGAAACUAUAAAGGAAGAGGAAGAAGUUAACAACGAGGAAAAUGCUGAAGAGGAGCCAGAAGAUAGAGAUGACAGUGAGGAGGAAGACACUGAAGGCAUCAAGAAAGAAAAGGAAGAGGAGGAGGAGCAGCCGGUGGAGUUCCCAGACACUGUGGUGGAGAUGUCACACAUUGGCGGCGACCAGUUCUCGCUGCGCACCCGAACAGUGUCCACCAUCUCCAACACGUCGGAGCGCUCCGGGGGGCAGCAGGAUCAGGAAGGGGGAGCCGGGGAAGUGGUCUACCUGGGUGAUGACAAGCCAGUCAUUGUGCACAGGAAGAAAAACGACUCUGUGUCCUCUGCUGGGAAAGGUAAAAAGGGAGGGAAGAGAGAUGACCAGAAAGGAGGAUCAGGCAAGACAAAACAGCAGAAGGAUGAGGAGGAGGAGGCGGCCAAUGAGAACAGCAAGGGUGGCAGCGCUCCCAAACGUGGCCAGAAGGGGAAGAUGAAGAAGAGGGAGAAGUACCGAGACCAGGACGAAGAGGAGCGGAACAUGAGGAUGAGUCUGCUGCAGUCAGCAGGAAGCAACAAGGAGAACAAGAAGGGCAAGGCAGGCAAGAAGGGCGUCAAGGAAGGGAAGGGUAAAGCACCAGCCCCAGCACGCCCUGGGCCAAGGAAUCCCCCGGGAGGCAGGGACCCGGCCAAGCCUGCCCCCGCCACGGCCAACAACAACAGCCAGGAGGUCAAGGUGGAGCGGCCGGAGGAUGAUGAGGAGGAGGAGGAAGAGAAGGUGGCGGAUGACUUGGCAAUUCUGGACACCCUGACGGCCCUUCCUGUGUCAGAGGAUGAGCUGCUCUUCGCUGUGCCUGUCUGUGCACCCUACACCACCAUGACCAACUACAAGUUCAAGGUUAAGCUAACACCAGGCCCAGGCAAGAAGGGCAAGGCGUGCAAGACUGCCCUCGCCCUCUUCAUGGGGGACCGCACAGCCUCGGCCCGAGAGAGAGAUCUGCUGAGGGCCGUCAAGGAGCAGGACUUGGCCAGGAACCUUCCAGGGAAGGUCAAAGUGUCUGCCCCACACAUCACCAAAGUCAAGAAGUGAUCCCCUCCAGUGUGGAUGUGUGGGGGGUGUAGAUAGGGGGGUACAGAGCCAUAGUAUUGGAGUUUGGCCAACUUCAUCUUUUUUUUUUUUUUUUUUUUUUUUUUUUUGUGCAUAGGAAGCAGCUUAAGGGCAACAAAAAGAAAGUGUUGAAAAAAGAAAAAGCCCACCAAUUGUUGCCCCCACAAAGCAAAAAAUAAAGUGUGUCCAAAAGAGGGGUCAAUUUCAGAUUUCAUAGGCACUGUGUUGUUACCAAAAGAGUUGUGCAAAAUUCAAAUUGAUGUUGAUACAAGAUUUUUUUUUUUUUUUUUUUUUUUGUGUGUGUGUGUGUGUGUGUGUGUGUGUGUGUGUGUGUGUGUGUGUGUGUGUGUGUGUGUGUGUGUUCUAGGUACUUCUAAGAUCAAGUCUAUGACUAUACCUAGGGCACAAAAAAAACCCACUAUUGUAUCAGUAUCCAUUUGAAUUUCAUGUGGCUCUUUUGAUAACCACAUGACACCUGUAAUCAAGGUGACCAAACUCUUCUAUUCUAUGGCUCUGUGUUUGUGCAUGUGCAAGUGUCUGCAAGUAUGUGCUCAGAUAUGUUUGCAUCCUUGUGUGCUUUUCAACAAAUGGGUGUAAGGAACAUCCAACCCCAUAAGGGAAAAUAAGGUUGUUAUCCUUAAAGAAAUAGGUAAGGAAAAUGCUAUUCCAGUAGCCACAAAGAAGAAGGAAGGCAUAACAUGGAAGGUUUUCCCCCACACUUUCAAAAUCAGGAAAGUCUUUCAUCUUCAUGUUCAUUAUUAUAACAUUUGCCAUUGUAUACUUAAAAAGCUUUUGUAUUGAAUGAAAGGAAUGUGCAAAUGGCCUGAGGGGAAUGUUUGUGAUCCUGUGCCUGUAAGGUAGAUAAAAAAAUGCAGAGAUAGAGAUAGAUAGAUAUAGACAGAUUAGAUAUAGGAAGGUAAAUAGAAAGCAAAAAUUGUAAAUAGAGUGGGAGACAGUUAGAUAGAUAGAUAGACAUAUAGAUUAGGAGGCAUAGAAAUAUAAAUAGGAAUCUUAUACAGUCAGGUAGAUGAAUAGACAGAUAGAAAGAUAAAUAGGACUCAUAGAUAGUUAGACAGGUACAAGACAGGUAGGCAGAUAAAUUAAUAAAUAAGGACCCUGCAAAAUGCCAAAAGAAAAAAGUGGGUUUGUUGCUAGGUUUUAAGUUGACAAUUAAGUGUGGACAUCAUCAAAGAGGUAAAUAAUUAAAGUGAUGUCUUGCCUGAGUAA